AACUUUCGACUUCACAUCAUCCUUCCAACGUCUCGAUUCUCUCUAGCCAACCAGCGCAGGAGCGGCAAUCAGUCAGACCGUCACCGUCAUCAUCCGCAAAAAAAAGGGCCACCCCAGCUUUCCGGACACCCAAUUGCUGCUCCUUUUGGUAGCUGUCUGCCUGGUUAUUGAGGCUCACUGUCCCUCCCCUGGAUCACCCUGUUUCCUAGAUUUCCUAAAUACACCUGCACCUGUACUCACUCCCUGCGCGCAUUUUCUCUUUUGACUUCGCUUCAUGUUUGGUUCCCCUCUACCGCGUGUUUGAUAUACCCUUUCCUUUUCUCGCAUCUCGUACUUCCAGAUUACUCACCCGCGGUCAUGAGUACGAUACAGAACCUGAAGAACUUUAUCCGUCAUGGGAAACAGGCUCGCCUGGUCACCCCCCAUGCGGAGCCCACCACCGACGUGUCGGCUGUCCACGCACAGCAACAACGGCAGCAAGGCCAGUAUCCGCCCGCGGCUGGCAACUUGGAUGCUAUUGAGAACAAAGGAAAUGGCCAAGCCGUGAAGUCGGACGGCCAGUCCAGGAGCUCACGGAAUCGGGAGGCUGAAAUCCAGGCGAUCGUCGAGGAGGAAAAGCAGAGCAGAUCGAAAAUGCCAAAGUACCCCGGUCUGGAACGUUGGAUCCUCGUGGAGAAGAUGGGCGACGGCGCAUUCAGCAACGUGUAUCGCGCAAAGGAUACCACUGGACAAUAUGGCGAGGUCGCGAUCAAGGUGGUCCGGAAAUUUGAAAUGAACAGCAAUCAGGGCGAGGCUCAUCUUCACCCGGAAUUCAGGAAGAAGCCAAAGGCCGCGGAGGUGCGCUACUCUCUCGAACAGCACCCACACACUCUCUUACAUGGAUACCCUGGUCGUGCAAAUAUUCUCAAAGAGGUUCAAAUAAUGCGCCAGCUCGAUCACCCCAACAUCGUCAAGUUGGUCGACUUCUCAGAAUCCCGCCAGUACUAUUACAUCGUGCUGGAGCUCUGCCCCGGCGGUGAGCUGUUCCACCAGAUCGUGAGAUUGACCUACUUUAGUGAAGACCUGAGUCGUCACGUCAUUGUACAAGUCGCAAAGGCGAUCGAGUAUCUUCAUGAGACGUCCGGAGUGGUUCAUCGGGACAUCAAACCCGAGAAUCUCCUGUUCUACCCUAUCCCUUUUGUGCCGAGCAAAAACCCCAAGCCCAAGCAGCCGGGUGAGGAAGAUAAGGUUGACGAGGGCGAAUUCAUCCCCGGUGUGGGUGCCGGUGGAAUCGGACAGAUCAAGAUCGCCGACUUUGGUCUGUCCAAGGUCAUUUGGGACAGCCAGACAAUGACUCCUUGCGGUACAGUCGGCUACACGGCGCCUGAGAUUGUCAAGGAUGAGCGAUACUCCAAGAGUGUCGACAUGUGGGCUCUUGGCUGUGUCCUCUACACCCUGCUCUGCGGUUUCCCUCCAUUCUAUGAUGAGAGCAUCCAAGUACUGACCGAGAAGGUCGCACGUGGCCAGUAUACUUUCCUGUCGCCUUGGUGGGAUGAUAUCUCGAAAUCCGCGCAGGAUCUCAUUUCACAUCUAUUGACCGUCGACCCGGACAAGCGGUAUACCAUCAAGGAGUUCCUGGCACACCCGUGGAUCAGGCAGACGAACGAGGAGACCCAUGCUGCGUCGGAUGCUCCUCCGUUGGCAACUCCUCUUCAUCAGAAGGGAGCGGACGCCAGCCAGAAGGCGGCUGCGAAGGCAGAGCCACUAUCUGCGCCGUUGUAUGACCCGGUCGCGGACCGUCGACUGGACUUCCGAUCGCCUGGUGCUCUGAACCUGCGGGAGGUCUUCGAUGUCGGUUAUGCUGUUCACAGACAGGAGGAAGAAGGAAAGCGACGCAAGAACUUCCGACAAGGUUACAGAGGUGCAAACCCUACGACUGGGUUUAGCUCCCAACUCAAUCCCCUUAAUGAAGACUACGACGAUGAUGAUGAUGAAGCCGUGUACUACACCGAGGAUGGCGACUACCCUCCAGCGAAGAUCCCGAAGUCCUCACAACAGGCCGGAGAUGUGGCAGCCAUGGAAACCAAGUUGCGGAUGACGAAUCUCGGUGCGAGUUCUGCUGCGCAGGCCCGACAAGCGGCGGCUGGUGGUCGGACUCAGCAGGCACGACAACAACCAGCAGGUUACGGCCAGCACAGCGCUGCAGUAGCACAAGCUGCAAGACAAAGUGUGGCCCGGAAUUCAAGACAGCCUUUCGAACUGAGCUUAGACAAUGCAACACUGCUAGAGAGACGCGGUAAGAAGCAACAGGACCAGGUUGUCUAAGGCAUCUUCCCACUUUGAUCCAUCUACUCUGCGGAGGUCCCAUCUCAAUGUCAAUUUCUCCUUUUGUUCAUCCUUGCAUGUCUGUCGGGUAGAUGGUGCUUCGGCUCAGAGAUCGCCGGUCGACUCACUUUGAAAGGGUGGGGAGUUGUGUUGCGCUUUCCUUGCUGUCCAUAUUUUAUCGGUUCACGUGCGUUACGGUAGCUAUUGUCGGCAGUCUUAUAUCCUGUCUUGUCUUAUUGCGGUGUUAAUUUGUCAUACCGUUCUCAUUUCUUUUUUUCCCCUAUUCCGCAUUUGCAUACAAGCACACG